ACGCAGCAAUAUGCUUCGCUAUCCUCAGGAAACCUCCUCUCCUAGGAUCGAAAUAUCCUCGCUUUCUCUUGAGAACUCCUACGAUCACCGGGAGCACAUAAUAGUUCCAGAGAUCUUGCUGCUCCAUCUGCCCAGAGAUCUUGCUGCUCCAUCUGCCCAGAUCCCAGCACGUUCGAUAUCUUCAUGACCCUCCCAUGAUCUUUUUUACCCCCACUGAAGAAUUCCCAUGACCCAACCACGCCUCGAGCCUCGGCAUCUUUCGGUUACUACCAUUACCAGACGGCCAUAAGCUGGGGCCUGGGGGGGCCAAGAACCCGCACCAGUGACUGUCAUCAGUCCACAGCCAGCGUAACUAACCAAGCGCCUCCAACCAACUCGCCCCGGGGAACAAGGACCAUCGCCACCCCCAGUUGCGUUCGAGAUUCCUCAGCCGCCCCGCCCUUUAUAAGCCACCGCAACCGCGAACCCCGGACGCAACCGCAGCAGGGCGUUGGGCGAGUGAGUGAGUCAGUGAGGCUGGGAUAGCAGCAGCAGUGCGCCGCACUCAACUUCUCUUCUUGCCGUGCGGAAUGCCGCGCCGGCGGAGGACGCGCAGCAGCGAGGAGCUCAAGGCGGAGGACUUCGUCGACUCGGUGCUCAACUUCGGCGGCGAGGAGGAUGGGGAAGAGGAGAAGCAGGAGGCCGGCGGGGACGGCCAGCCGGCGGCGGAGUUCAAGUCCAAGAACCUGGAGGCCGAGCGGAAGCGGCGCGGCAAGCUCAACCGCAACAUCCUCGCGCUCAGGGCCGUGGUGCCGAACAUCACCAAGGUGCUGUACUGUACUGUACUUGACCGGUCAGUCACUCACGGCCACGGUUCCUCUUCGUCGGCCACGCGCCCCUGAUGUGCGUUUGGUGGCCCAGAUGAGCAAGGAGUCCACCCUCUCGGACGCUAUCGACCUCAUCAAGAGGCUCCAGAACCAGGUCCUUGAGCUGCAGCGCCAGCUCGCCGACCCGCCCGGAGAGGCCUGGGAGAAGCAGGGCAGCGCGUCGUGCUCUGAGUCCUUCACUGCCACGGAAAACAUGCCGUAUCAGGGUCAGAUCGAGCUGGUUCCUCUGGGGCCAUGCAAGUACCACCUCAGGAUCUUCUGCAAGAAGGCCGGCGUCUUCACCAAGGUGCUGGAAGCACUCUGCAGCUACAACGCGCAGGUCACCAGCCUGAACACGAUAACGUUCUACGGCUACGCUGAGAGCGUCUUCACCAUCGAGGUGAAAGGCGAGCAGGAUGUUGUGAUGGUGGAGCUAAGGAGCCUCUUAUCCAACAUCGUGGAGGUCCCAAGCAACUGACGAGAUUCCCGAUUGAGCUCACAUGUUUCAGUGCAGAAACCUCACUUUCGACGAAGAACUCUAGCGGUGGAGUGUUUGUGCAGGCAGUGUGACAAGAGUACAUGGUCAAACUGGUUUACUGACGGAUAAAGGCUGGAUUUUGUGUUGAACGCAUAGCACGAUGGGCAUCGAGGAAUGAACUUGUGAUUGUGGACAAAUUCACAGUUCCUCUCCAUUGCGUUCGCUUCCGUUAGACCUGGAUUCUGUUUGCAAUGUUAGCACCAUGAUGAUAUCUACUGACCCAUGUAGGCAGCAAGGGUCGAUGGGAUGCUGUGCUGUGCUGUGCUGUCCUGAUUUCAGCUCUCAUAGAUAGAAAAAGCAAGGCAGUCGUGAAAAAACUGUCAUGCUUUGUUAAAAUGAUUCGAAGUUUAGAUCAGUCUGUUACACAAGGAUCUACUUUUACGGACCCAUAUACUUCACCUGAAUUUUGCGAUGACUAAAAUCCUGCAAAAACAAUUUACUUU